AUGGGAUCGAGUGGCAGCAAAGCGGCGACGCCGUCGUCGUCCGGUGACGGUGGCCAGAGGCGGCGAUCCAAAUCCUUCGGCGGCAGGGUGUUCCGGUCGUCUUGUCUAAGGAUCAAAUCUCGAUCUCACCGCAGCGACGAUGACGAGCAGGUUUGUGAACAUCAGAACAAAGGAAGUAGAAUUAUUGCUCCUUGUACAAACCAGACUGUCACAGAUCAGGAUCGUGCAAAGGAGUAUUUCAGAAAGGUUAACGUUCAACAGUCUGAUGAAAUGCCUUGUAUAUCUUCAAAUGUUGAACUCAAUGAAUGGGGUGAUGCUAGCAUCAAUGAUACUGUCUCCAGAACUGAUCCCUCCUCUGCUCAAGAUUCUGCUACUCCAUCUUUGAACCCUUCAGGUCGUUUCCUUUCCCGUUUUAGUUUCGUUCCUGGCAAUGUAAGCUUCAGGCUAAGCCGAGCAACCAGUUUGGGGUCAUCUAGGUCUUAUCCUCUAUCAUCAACAAGUGUCACAGUUUUGAAUAAUGAUGAUGACCUACAUCUGCAAACAGGACCUUCUACCAGUUUGGUUGGUAGAGAUGAAAGUCAAGAAGGUUGUGAAUUUCUUCCAGAAUCACUGGUUAAUAGGGCUCCUACACAAUUUUUUGAAGACACUUCUGGUAGUUUAGGAUUAAACACUGUGGAAUCUGGUUUUUCUGGCAAUUUGCAAGACAAUCAGACAAAUUCUUCUAUACAAGUUGGCAGAAAUGCUAAUGGUAGAAUAAUAGGGGUACAUAACAGAUACUCAGGAUCUCAGGAACCUGUAGAACGAAAUGUUCGUUUUAGUAGAACCUUAAGUGUUGGGAGACUUCGUGACAGGGUUCUUCGUCGAUCAUCUUUGUCUGAUUUAACAUUUUCUUCCAUGCAACAAGAGGGAGAGGUGAGAGAUACAAAUCAGGGGGAUGAUACAAGGACAUUGGCACCUGAAAGUAGUGUUGUAAACUUGCAAAACGGGUCUGGUGAUCCUCCUUCCAAUAUGUUGAAUUCAUUGUUUAGCAACCAAGACUUUGAGGUGGAAACAAUAAGACCAAGAGAAGCCAGGUAUCAUGAUCUGCUCGAACACAGAUCAAAUUUCCUCGAGCGGAGGAGAAGAAUUAGAUCUCAGGUUCGUGCACUUCAGCGGUUAGGGAGCCGUUUUGAAAAUGUGUCUGGACAUGAGAGGUCUUGUAUAUUAUCUGGUCAUCAGAGAACAGGUCGUUGUACAUGUCGUUCAAGUAACCGAGAUGCCCUUCCAAAUGAUAACAGCAGUGCUAGGGCAAGCAUAUCCCGAAUUGUUAUGUUAGCUGAGGCUUUGUUUGAGGUUCUGGAUGAAAUUCACCAGCAAUCUGUGGUUUUAUCCUCCCGACCUUCUGUAUCUUCAAUUGGAUCUGUUCCUGCACCUAAUGAAGUUGUAGAAUCUUUGCCUGUCAAAUUAUUUUCCAAAGUGCAAAAACAUCAGAAUGAGGAGGCUGCACAAUGCUACAUAUGCCUUGUGGAGUAUGAAGAAGGAGAUGAAAUGCGGAUACUGCCUUGCAAUCAUGAAUUUCAUAAAACUUGUAUUGACAAGUGGCUCAAGGAGAUUCACAGGGUAUGCCCACUUUGUCGCCGGGAUGUCUGCAGAUCGGACCAGCCCAUAGAGAAUUAAGAGGGUGAUUUUUCACUCUGCCUCUGAAGACCUGCUCGGUCAGCGCAGAUAUUGAGAAAUGAUGCUUUCCAUCUUGGAAACAAUUCGAACUGUUAGAAUUGUAUAAGCCCUUGGGGAGUUCAGUCCUUGUCUGCUUGUAUCAUCAUGGCUGCUCGCCAUUAAUUGCUCUCACCGCAAAGUGUAACAAAGGAACAUAGUAGAAAUUGACUGAACUACUUGCAUUCUCCAGCAUGGGAAGGCAGAGAGAGU